AUGCUAUUUCUUUCAAGGUUAGUUAGCCUAUGGCAAUUCCUAUCACCGUCAGACAACACUCGCAUAUAGGUGAAGGAAGCGUUAGACUGCCCUGAGUUUUAUUUUCAUGCCUGGCCUAUCAGCUAUUGUAGGCAUUAUCUUGAACUUGUGCACUGUUGUUCAUGCAGAUAACUCACAGUUUUUGUCCCUCCCACAUAAUACAGGCUGUAAUUAAAACUCAUUAUGCCUCUCGUGUUUCCUGCAAAAAACUACAUGGCCUAUUAUCUUCUAUUCACAUUGUUGUGUAAUGUUUUUAUUGUACUUGCCAGAACUGGACAGUGACUUGCCAUAUUUACCUCGUUCAGUUCAAAGCCACAAAUUAUUCUUUACUAUGUUUUUAAAUGUUUUUUUUUUUUUUUUUUAAUAUUAUUUAUUUUUACAUUUAAUGCGGUCUUUCUGCUGCUGCUCCCUGGAAUUCAUUAAUGUGCCAACCAUAUUUAUUAUGAUUCAGUGAAAUAUUAAACUAAAAUAUAAGUAGUACACAUAUAAAGAGCAAUUUGUAUAAAAACGGACACAAUUAUUUAUUUAUUAUUCCGCUAUGCUUUCUGUGAGCUGAUGUAGGGUCAUAUGGUUAGUUCUAAUCCUUUCUUUUCGUUGCUUUGUAGGUAUUCAGGAACCAACACUGGGAAUGUGCACAUCAUUGCAGAUUUAUAUGCAGAAGUCAUUGGUGUCCUUGCUCAGUCUAAGUAAGACAUGGUGUAUAUUCACAGCAACAAUUUUCUUACGCAGCAAAUGAGUCCAUUUCUACCCCAGCAAUUCCUCCUAUUAUGUCUUGCAAAGUUAUAUUCCUUAAAGUCAUAUCAUUUUUUUAAUCACUGUUCCUCUGGCAUCUCCCCACAGUGCUUUUGAUGGGUCCCCUUCAAACACACAUUGCACACAUGAAAAAUCCCUUUCUCUCAAAGCAGAGUCAAUACAAAGGUAUAGGAAAAAUAUCUUUAUUGCUAAAAGAAAAAUAAAUGUGCCAGCCAAUACAGGCAUGUGUAAAACCCUGUGGCACCACUUUGGCUUGUAAUAGUGGCACUGCACUUAAUUAGCUGCCAUAUUUUAAUUCAUUCUGUUAUGUAUUUUUUGUAACAAUAAAGAAGAUAUCAUUUGUAUAUACUCUACUUUGAGUGCAAGGAAUUGUUUGUGUGUGAUAUUCAUUGUCAGAAGAGACGUGGUUGCGUGUUUGACUCGGAAGGCCGUCCAAUUGUUAUUGAAAUUGUCCAGAGGGCCGGCUUACUGGGGUUUUUAUUCAGUAUACUGGUAAUUGUAGAAAAUAGAAAAGACGUUUACAAAUUUUAGGCCAAAAUAAGUGUUAGCCAAGAUAAUGGAGUUUUUUAGUGUUGGGAUUUGAAUGUAAAAUGUGCAGUUCCCUUGCCAAUUCCCAGUUCCAUUUUUGACGGAGACUUUUAAAAUUGGUUUUAUUGUUUUUAGAUUUCAGGCUGUGAGGAAAAAGUUUGUCACAGAAUUAAAAGAACUUCGACAGAAGGAGCAGAGCCCUCACGUGGUGCAAAGCAUCAUCAGCUUGAUCAUGGGGAUGAAAUUCUUUCGUGUAAAAAUGUAUCCUGUUGAAGAAUUUGAAGCCUCGUUUCAGUUCAUGCAGGUAAUUUUACACUUAUGUGACUGGUAACAUACCCAGUAAAGCGGAUAAGAGAGCUUUGCUUUGUGGAUUUCACCUUCCCUGGACUUGUUGCGUAUUUGGGUUAGAUAAUCCUUUAUUGUGAUAGUCUGAUAUGGUAUUGGUUUUGCAUAGGUUAAAAUUCUGACUUAGGAGACUGUUUCAACAGGUACGCAGGGUUUAUUCACUAAAGGAUUUGUUGGACAAGGUAAAAGAGUGGCACAUUUCGUCCAAAAAAAGCAAAACUGAAAAUAAUGGAAUAGUUUUUCCACAGUUUGGCUGUGCUGUAAUGGUUAUGAUUGUAGUCAGACCCUUUCAGAACAGUUCAAAUUGUUACCCAGCCAACCAAGGGCUGGAUGCCCCUCCUUAGGAGCUUAUGUUAGCUUUCCUCAGCUAACUAAUAAUACACACAGACUAUAAAACAUAUAUUUUAUUUUAAAUGACAAAAAGCAAGUUUUCCUUUUAAGUUAAUCGUAGAUGGGUGUGGAAUUGAAGAGCUUGAAGAGAUUCUUCAAUUUGUAAUAGGGACUAUCUCUCUUGAAAAAGCGCCCUUGAUAGUUGUUGUAUAUGUCGGGUAUAUAUAAUGCUAACAUGAGUUAUUGUACUAUUAUUCUCAGGAAUGUGCUCAAUACUUCUUGGAAGUUAAAGACAAAGACAUAAAACAUGCACUAGCUGGUUUGUUUGUGGAAAUCCUCAUCCCUGUGGCUGCUGUAAGUAUACCUAGUUUAAAGUAAUUAAAAUUACAUCUGUAACCUUAGCUGAAUAUAGAUAUUAAUUGUUGAUAAUUAGUCUGUAAAGUGUAAAUAUAUUGCUAUAUAUCUCUCCUACAUGUCAUUUGGAGAUUCCUGUGGCAUGGUAGGGGAAUUCUUUUCCUCCAGUGCUAUUUAACAUUAUCCAGGCAGGAUUAGUAAAAUCGUGUUUUGCUCGGUGAUAAAAAGCACUCAAGUAUAAUUGAUGUAGCCUUCCGUUAUAGUUUUAUAAAGCCAUAUAAAAGCAAAAUCUCAUAAACUGCCUGUAAGAACAUGACAGACACACGCACAACAUUGCAAUUAGCUGUUAAAAAUUACCGGUACUUGGCUUUAUUCUUUCCCUAUUACAUUUUUUUUUUCUUCUCUUUCAUGAUCUAUCAUAAUGACAUGAUCUCAUUUGGGGGUGGUCAAACUGUAGACACCCUUCUCCAACUAUUGUAGAAUACAUCUCUGCUUUAAGGCUGGCAAAGUAUAAUGGAAGUUGUAGUCCUGUGACCGCUUGGGAUUACCUUUUGGCUACCUGGGUUGGAUUUACAUAUCCCAUUGCCAAGAAUUGGUUACAGUUUUUAUAUGAAAAAAUGUUGUGCCUCUGAGUGCUGUCGAUGAAAGCAUAACUUUGUCCCCUCCUCCAGCGCCUUGAAUAUUAAGACACAGUGAAUGCAUCCCACCACUGACUGUUAGUAUUGUAGACAAUGGGAGAGAUUUAUAAUAGUGUGGUAAUUAGAAGAGUGGUGCAAAGUUUACCAACCAAGGGAUGUACAGGAUGAUGCUGUUGGUUGCCAUAGGGACUGCCUCGUUUAUAGACCUUUGCAACUUUUAUAUUAACUCCCCAACCCCCCUUCUUCAUUAUUUCCAUGCGUUAUUACUGUCAAACAAUUGAAUGAGAGGUAAUGUUUUUCCAUGCUGCUGUGCUUCUUAUAACAUGAUGUUCUCUUUCCCAGGCUGUAAAAAAUGAAGUAAAUGUGCCGUGUUUAAAGAAUUUUGUGGAGAUGCUCUACCAGAACACAUUUGAACUGAGCUCACGGAAGAAGCAUUCCCUGGUAAUAUAUAAUGUAUUUGGCAGAAUAAGAGACCAAGAGAGAGCCUAA